AUGUUUGAUACUAGUAUUUUUAAGUUUAUUUGCUAUACCAUCGAUCUGUAUAGAAACUUACAAGAUCGAAGGAAGAUUGAUUUAUCACAACUUGAACCAACGACAAAGAUUGUAUUGGAUGGUGGAAAAUAUUCCACUUUAAUUCGCAAAAAUGGAAAAUUUAAACGAAAGGAAAAGAAAACUAAUGAUUUGAUUUUACUUUCCAGAGAUAACGUGCCACCAGGAUCUUAUUUGUUAGAAGUUACUUCAAGAAAGUUCAUAUAUCCGAAGAUAAGAAUUGAUGUUGAUCCAAGAGGUGUUAGACCUUUUGUAACAAUAACGGGAAGUGAAUGGAGUUAUAAUGGUCCUGCUUUACAGGAAGGAUUUAGUAUUACAAGUUUAUUUGCAAAUCCAUAUAUAAUUAUGAUGGGCUUCAGUGUAGUAAUAUUAUUCAUCAUGCCAAAAAUGAUGGCAAACUUAGAUCAAGACGCCUUAAAAGAACUUCAAGAAAAUCAAGCGCAAAAUCCAUUGGCUGAAAUGCCCGAUAUUUCUACUACAUUAGCAAAUUAUUUAUCAGAAAUAGAAGAAAUUAAAUUUUAUGCAUCCGUUCUCCCUAAAAAUUCUAACCCAAACUUUAAUCUUUUGAUGACAAAUUCAUCGUCAUAA